CUCACUCUUUUUUGGGUACCUGUUGUUUUUUUUAAAAAGUUGUUUUUUUAACAACCUCACACUUGGGAAAAGCUCUCUGACUCGGGUGGGUCAGUCCCCAUCCCGGGCUCACGUUCUUCAUCUGUUAAAGGGGGAGGACAUUUGAGCUGAGUGGGUGCGCCCCCAAUAGUCUAGAACUUUCAGUGUCAAUGAAUGUGUGACAUUCCCUUUUUUUGGCCCCUAGAUUUAUCUGUGCUUUAUUUCAAAAGAAAUUGAAAUUGUUGAUAGUAGUUAGCGUCGUAAAAAGGAAAGUCUCAAUUAAAGAAUAUAUUUUCCUCGUAAAAUAAGGUUUUCUUUUUUUUGUUUGUUUUUUUUUAAAAUAUGAAAUUUAUUGUCAAAUUGGUUUCCAUACUGAAUGUGUGACAUUUCCAAUGAGCUUGUUAAGACCGAGCUUCUCGGGGCAAAGGGGCUUUCCCCUCACAGAGGCGAAGCCCACGGGCUACACUCCCCGCCGCCAGCUGCCCGCGGGUUCCCUAAAACGCUUUGGGAAAACUCUAGAUCUGUCUUGGGGAGGUAGCACCCACGGUGAAACCCAGCCCCGUUGGGACGCAGCUCUGACUCUGACAAAUGCGUCCUACAGAGCGACCGCCAUCACAGCCGAGGCACACAGUCCCACAGCUCCGGAAGGUUCCCUCCUGCCCUUUUUGUGGCCAAGCCCUCACCCGCCCCCAGCAACCAGUGACCUGUGCUUUGUCCCUGUGAACUUGAUGUUUUGUAGCGAAGUGAAAAGCCCACCCUGAGCGGCCCCAGCCAUGGCUGGUCUGAGGUCCGGCCGGCCCGCCUGCAUCAGGGCGGCGUUUGCUAGCACCAGGGCCGGCUUCCAGAAGAGGUGGAGGAACACACCCCAUCGCUUCAAGGCCAAUCACAAAAAGAAUCACAUGGACUUAAUUGAAGGUAUCUGGAGAGAGUUUUUAGAUCCUUACGACGGCCAGUCUUCGGAAGAUACCCCCAGCCAUUCUGUCUACAGUCUCGGCACCCGUUGUCCGGGCGACGUGACCUGUAUUGUGCCUUCACACGCACCGACGUCCAGGAGUCCAGGAGAGGUCCGCGUAGAAGAUCCUCUCUCCUCAAAAAUCCCAGACCGCCCCCUCAAAGCUGCCAGCUGGGGCCCUGCGUCCCCGGAGGCCGACGACGUGGACAUGUGGCCUGUCGAGGCCAGCGGCCCUGAGGCGCCAGGGUGGCCAGCCGGGCCGUCCGGAGCCCCAGAGGACCGGAGAAUGACGGAGGAGGGGUGGCCCAGGGCAGCCGGUCCCCUCCUCCCCGCCGCGGAGCCCUCCGAGCCCGGCAGACACACGCAGGGCAGGACCAGAGGGUCCCGGCCGCCUCCCAGACUUGGGAGUGAGAAGGACAAGGGGCCCAAGCUCAUCCUCUUCAAGAGGAAACUGGAACUCUUACUUGCAGAGCCCGAGAAAAGGAAGAGGAAGAAGCAGUAUGUGGCCUAGACUGAGGCAUGAACUGAGCACAAGCCUGGCGCCAGUGCCGGGUGGCUGCUGCCCACACGCCCCGGGACCCCCAGGACCGUGCUGUUCCCAAGUGCCAAUAAAGGGAAGCCCGAGGAGAA